AUGCUGCAUCAAUUUGAUGUAUAUAGCCAUGCAGAGAAGUCCGCUCAAGCUGCACCUGUCUCCAAAGACGACGGGAGUGCUUUCGGUCCCGCCCCUGAUGGUGGCACAACCGCCUGGCUCAACGCCUUUGGUGGCUUCUGUAUCUUCUUCGGCUGCCUAGGCUUCACAUCUUGCUUUGGCGUACUUCAAGAGUACUACGGCACACAUCAACUCAAGAACUACAGUGCCAGCGACAUCGCCUGGAUUGGCAGUGUGAGCAAUUUUAUCCAGUUCAGUGGAGGUGCUAUUAGUGGGUCGAUGUUCGAUCGAUUUGGGAUCAACUACUACCAAUUCAUGCUCGCUCAAGGCCUGGUCAUGGGUUCCGCGGUCGCAUGCCUUCAAUUUCCCGCCUUCGCGAUCGUCGCUCAAUACUUCGACAAGAAGCGCGCAGCAGCCAUGGGCAUCACAGCAUCUGGAUCCUCCAUCGGAGGCAUCAUCUUUCCUCUCAUCCUAUCCAAACUCCUAAAUGGCUCAUCCAUCGGAUUCGGGUGGUCGAUCCGCAUCAUCGGGUUCAUCAUCUUGCCCUUCUUCCUCCUCGCGAUAAUGAUCCUGAAGCCGCGCGUACCCCCAAGGAAGGCAAACAUAUUCAUUGGCGCGGCGUGGAAAGAUAUAAAGUACUGCCUCUUGAUAGCAGGCAUGUUCUUCAUGAUGAUGGGCAUGUGGACACCAAUCUUUUUUAUGCCGUCGUAUGCUGUCUCGAGGGGAAUGGGCGUCACCCUCGCCGGCAACUUGCUCGCAAUCAUCAACGCUACUUCGACUUUAGGCCGUAUCAUCCCUGGCAUACUGGCUGACAAGUUUGGGAAACUAAAUUUAUUUGGUUUAGCAGGCAUAGCAACCGGUAUCAUGGUGUUCUGCUUUGACGAGCCGAAGACGAACGCUGGUCUCAUCAUUUAUGUCAUAUUCUUUGGUUUUACGUCUGGCGCGAUCAUCUCUUCGGCGUCGGUUGCAAUUUCCUUGUGUACCAAGGAUCCUCGCAAUCUCGGGACAUAUAUGGGCAUGGGUAUGGGCCUGGCAGCUUUCGCAACGCUUGCUGGUCCGCCGAUCAGUGGUGCGCUGCUUGAGAGAUAUGGGGGAUAUUCUCAGGUUGCAAUCUUUGGUGGCACAUUAUGUGUCUUUGGUGGCCUUGUUGUGUUGUCGAGUAAGUUCGUGGUCCCGGAGGGUAUUAUGGGAAAGGUGUAA